GAAGAAGUGCAAAAGUGAGUUUGAGUGCGUGUAGCAGAAGAAAAGACUCUGACCUCGUCGGUGUGGUCAUCUGUGCUCCGCAAUCCGAAUACGAUUCUAGCUGGCGUUAUUUAACCAUUAUUUUCCACCUUCUCCGAACGCAGAGUCGCUGUCGAAAAUCGCAGGAGGAUCCAGUGAGUGUUGAGUGUGAUAGACCAUAGAGUUGCCGAGCUAAUUUUCCCAUAAGGAACUUUCGGCGCGAUGGCUGGAUUGCUGUCAAUCUCGUCGCGUAAUCUUCCGCGAACCGCACUUCGUAUCAGCGGUGGCCUUCGUUCCCUGGAAGCGGGCUCACAGCAGGUUACCAACAAUGGUUUGCGUUCCUAUCACCAGGGGCGCGCUGCCCUGCAGAGAUUAGUCCGGACGACAGCCGCCGAAAGCGCACCGAUCCAAAGCUCGACAGCCGCCUCUAACGCUGCCUCCCGAUGGCUGCAAACCGAACGCAGCAUCUUCACCUCCUCCCGGUUGCUGAACUCGGAGGUCGUCAAGGUGCCCCCGUUCGCCGAUUCCGUAUCGGAAGGUGACGUCAAGUUCGAAAAGAAGGUCGGUGAUGCUGUAGCCGCCGACGAAGUGGUCAUGGAAAUCGAAACCGACAAGACCACGGUGGGAGUACCGGCCCCAGCCCACGGUAUCAUCGAGGAGAUCUACGUGGCCGACGGUGACACCGUUAAGGCCGGCCAGCAGUUGUUCAAGCUGAAAAUCACCGGAGAAGCUCCGGCAGCUAGUGCACCGAAGGCCGAAGCUGCGGCACCUGCUGCAGCAGCACCACCACCACCGCCACCACCACCGGUAGCCGCUGCAGCAGCUGCUGCACCUCCACCGCCACCACCGGCCGCGGCUGCCGCUCCUCCACCUCCGCCACCGAAACCGACUGGUCCCAUUACCAAAAUGCCUGUUGCUGCCAUGCGUCACGCACAAGCCAUCGACGCCGCCACGGUCAAACUGCCUCCGGCCGAUUACACCAAGGAAAUCACCGGCACCAGAACCGAGCAGCGCGUCAAGAUGACCCGCAUGCGGCUGAAGAUCGCGUCCCGACUAAAGGAAGCCCAAAACACCAACGCCAUGCUGACCACGUUCAACGAAAUCGAUAUGAGCUUCAUCAUGGACUUCCGCAAGCAACACUUGGAAGCCUUCCAGAAGAAGUACGGCAUGAAGCUGGGUUUCAUGUCUGCCUUCUGCAAAGCAGCUGCCUACGCAUUACAGGACCAACCCGUAGUGAAUGCGGUUAUCGGAGAAAACGAAAUCAUCUAUCGCGACUAUGUCGAUAUUUCGGUCGCAGUGGCGUCGCCCAAGGGUCUGGUCGUGCCUGUGCUAAGGAAUGUCGAAGGUAUGAACUUUGCGGACAUUGAACUGGCCAUCGCCGGCCUGGCAGACAAGGCCAAGAAGGGCACACUGGCUGUGGAAGACAUGGACGGCGGUACCUUCACCAUCUCGAACGGUGGAGUGUUCGGCUCACUACUUGGCACACCCAUCAUCAACCCCCCGCAAAGUGCCAUUCUGGGCAUGCACGGAAUCUUCGAACGGCCCAUCGCCGUGAAAGGACAGGUUGUCGUGCGACCGAUGAUGUACGUUGCGCUAACUUACGAUCACCGAUUGAUUGACGGUCGUGAGGCUGUGACUUUCCUGCGCAAGAUCAAGGCCGCCGUCGAGGAUCCCCGCAUCAUCUUGGCUGGACUGUAAACCUACCAACAACAAACCAACCACGUUGUACUAUUACAAGCUAGAAAACUCAGUCGUAAACGCAAAUAUGCAACGUUACAAACGCUUAGGCAUCACGACGUAAAAUUACAUAAAAAUAGUAUCAAAUCCACAUACUACAGCAGAACUGUUCAAUAUCGUUGUUGAGAAAUUGAACAUUUCGUGAUUAUAAGAAUCUGAUAAUGAAAAAAAACGAACCCAGUAAAACCGUAACUUUCGUAGUUCCGAAUUAAUCGAUGCACGCGAUCCCUAAACCGCUCCUUUUUAUAUGCACCGCUCUUGUAUACCUACAUCGUUGUUGUUUUUUGAUAGGAAAAGUAUUGCAAUAUCAUCCGCUGUGGUAUUAUUUUCCGGAGACAUAACUCACAUUGUUGACAUGUUAUCUCGUAUUCGAAGCGAUGUCAUUCUAACGUAAGUCACUACUAUUUUACGUAUGAUCAGUCGUAUGAAACAAAAGCUAAGUCAACCGAUAGUUACAGGUUAUUUCGUAGUACACAAACGCAAAACACAUGAUAAGAAACAAGGGUGCUAGAAAACUCUCCACUCCACAACGUCGUUGGUUCACUUGGAAAGGUGUGAACAACCGCGAAUUAGUGCGAUUCGCCAUUAUCAACCGUGGGCGUAUUGCUACAUCGCCAAACAACAGUUUUUGGACACUUCUAAACAGGCAUGCAACGGCAAAAGUACCAUAAGAAUAAAUGAACGAGCUAACUGUUCAAGCUGGAUGCAGUAGAUAGAUUAUUUAUUCGAUCGAAAUUCAUAUUGUAUUUAUUAUCAUGUCUUAAAUAAAUUUUGACCACAAAGCGGCUGGUUACAUAUGAUAGAAAA